AUGCUUCAUACUAAAUUAUUGAAAACUGAUCGGACUUCUUUGAGUGAUAGUUUUAAUAAUGCUCUCACAUUUCCCUCCAAGUAUUCUAAGUUUAUACAUAUUGAAAAAUACACUAAUGGUGGUGCUACAGUCGCACAUGCCUAUCAGGAUGAAUUAAAUGUACUCAAUGAAGAAGAAAUGAAGGAAUUUACUGAAGAAUUUUUGAACUUGUCCUAUGGGGAAUCAACAGAUGGAGUAGCUGAUUGUGUUAUGGGUAUUGUUCAUGGUGCAGCAUCUUAUCUACCUGAUUUUAUUGAUUAUUUUGCCGACACUUAUCCCAAUCUCACUGUUAAAACAGAUGUGUUGGGCAAAUCUGAUAUAGAGACAACAACUAUGCAGAAGUUUAGAGAAAACGUGGAGAAAACUUACUCCAACGGCACAUAUAGAUCUGGACCCUUGUUACAGAUUAGUUUAGUUGGUACAGUUCAUGAAGAGGUUGGAGACUACUUCCCUGAUUUCAUUGAUAUGUUGGAAGAUAAUCCCUUCCUGAAAGCAGUAAUGCCUUGGGGCCCAAUGUCAGCUAUAAAGAUACAUCCACAAGAAAGUAAUGAUGGACCAAUAUUGUGGGCAAGACCUGGUGAACAACUAGUCCCAACAGCUGAUUUACCUAAAUCUCCAUUUAAGCGAAAAAAAGGAUUAACAGAGUUGAUGAGAUUAAGUCAUGUAUCACGAGCCAGUGAACCAAGAGAAGUAUUAAUAGAAGAUAGAACUAAAUGUCAUGCUGAUCAUGUUGGACAUGGAUUUGAUAGGUUAACAACAGCUGCUGUGGGUGUUCUUAAAUCUGUACAUGUUGGCAACAAGGUUGGUGAGAAGAGGAUAGUAAAAGAUGUAAUAUGUUUCCAUGCUGGUGAUUUUCUAGAAUUGGCCAGUAAAUUACAAUUAGAUUUACAUGAACCACCUGUUUCACAGUGUAUAACAUGGGUUGAAGAUGCCAAGUUAAACCAGUUACAUAGAGAUGGUAUAAGAUAUGCUCGUAUACAACUCAGAGAUGAUGAUAUAUAUUUUAUUCCACGUAACGUCAUACAUCAGUUUAAAUCAUUAACAGCAGUAGCCAGUAUCGCUUGGCAUGUUCGCCUCAAACAAUAUUAUCCUAAUCAAACACCCAGUUCUACUUCAGUUUCU